GAGUGGCUUUACCGCCAUUUCCCGCAGGAUGGCGUCGGUGGCAGCCCGCGCACAGCUCGAUGCGGAGCACGAGUACCUCCGGACGCGUGUGGAUCCGCUCUUGAUGCCGCUCAUCGAGACCUUGCUGUUGUACCAGCCCAGUAACGUGUACGAGUUCAUGGCGAGCUACUUGGAAAAUGGCGCGGGGGGCCUCGGACGUAUGAAGCACCUGAGCGAGGCCAACAAGUCGGUGACAGCACGCCGUCAGCGCAUGGUUACCUUCAUGUCGUCGAGCGUGCUACCUAUCAUGGAGGACCUGACACAGCGCAUCAUGCAAGAAAAGCCGAAUGACGUGCGCGCCUACUUGGUAUCGGUCGCUCACACGCGCAGCAUGGCACAUGGAAGCAACAACAACAAUGACAUUCGUGACCUCGAGUCCAAUGGGCUUUCAUCGCUCGCGAUUGCGCAUGAAGUGUAUGCGAUCGGGGACGCUGUCGAGUGUCGCUUCAAAGGCCGCCCCAAGUUUGUACCUGCGGUCAUCGAAGCCUACGACGCUGCGUCGACCACAUACACAAUUCGGUAUGACAACAACAAGGUCGAGGAGCACAUCCAUCCGAUCCUACUGCGCCGGCCCAACGCUGAGCCCGAGGUCGAGCCUGCGACGACCAAGACGCCGCGUCCGACCACGCCCCGGGCCAUGGAGCCUGUGAUCCUCCUCCUCGGUAUUGACGGCGCGGGCAAGUCGACCUUGCUCUCGACGCUCCAAGGCGACCUGGAGAAGGAGCACGGACCCAGUGCCGGCUAUACGUCCGUCAAGUUUCAAAUGGCCAAUGGUCUCGCAAUGUUUGUCGACUUGGGCGGCGGGCCCACGUUUCGGGCGGUCUGGAAGGAAUACUAUGCUGAUGCGCACGCCGUCAUUUACGUCGUUGACGCGGCAGCACCGGCGCGAUUCGCGGAAGCCGCCACGAUCCUCUCGCAGGCCAUGGAGCACCCCCUUCUUGUCGGCAAACCACUGCUCAUAUUUGCCAACAAAAAAGACUUGCCGGGCGCCGUGAACGAGAAACAGUUUUGCCGCGACCUCCAAGUCGGCAUGUACAACAACAAGAAGGUGCUGGAAUGCGUCGCCAAGGCGGGUGCCAACGCAGGGCGCGUCGACGACGCACUUGAGACGGGCCUUACAUGGAUCCUCCGGCGAGUUGAAGCCGACUACAACGAUCUGCAGGCCCGCGUGGCCUCCGACCGCGAUGCCAAGAAGAAGCGAGACGCCGAGGCGUGGGAAGCGCAGCGCCAGCGCGUCGCGAUGUUCAAGGAAGAGAACGAGCGCGCGCUCAUGGCCAAAUUCGAUAAAUACGCGCCAACAACACCAUCUCCGGUCGCGUCGCACGCCGAGACCACGUCCGUACCGACCUGCUCCCAUUGCAAAACAGCCGACGCUGCCACCAAGUGCGCAGCCUCCAAGUGGAUGCCCGUUUGUUUGAGUUGCGCGACCGAGCUCAAACAGCAAGCGGCGACUGAAAAGCAAAAGGGGGCGUGAUCGAGUGACGGCGUAGUACAUACAACCACCCUCUGUUGG